AUGGCUUCAUUUCGUUGCUCGACGACACUUCUUGGUACAUUAACAGCGAUCCUGUAUUAUCGCUAUAUUAUUGUAUCACUCAUACUUGUAUUACGGAUCGUUGAUGCGGUAACAUGUCCAUCUGAAUCAUCCAGUUCCGGUGUUAGCAGUAGUAGCAGUAGUAGCAGUGGUUUGAAUAAACCAAAAUCGAUCACCAAACGUAAAGUAUGUCCAGAUUUUAAGGAUAAUGAAGAUGAGAAAUAUUGCUGUCCAUCUCAUAUUAUCCCAGGAAGUUACUACUGCUGCUCACAGGAGCACCUCUAUAAAAUCGAAGCCGAGCAGGCAGCGGAAAUUAGGCGACAGUUCAUCAAGAAGAAUGUUACUUGGUUUGCUGAUGUUCAUGCUGUUGCUGCUGCUUUUGGUGACGAUGGUGGUGCUAACCUAGCGUGA